CGCGGCGCGGGCCGGGGGCGCGCGGCAGGCGGCAGCCAUGGCGGUGGCGGCGGAGCGGAGCCGCCUCAGCUUCCCGGGGGGGGCCGGGGCCCUGGGCCGGCCCGUGCCUAUGAACCUCUUCGCCACCUGGGAGAUCGACGGUUCCAGCCCGAGCUGCGUCCCCAGGUUGUGCAGCUUGACAUUAAAGAAACUGGUAGUCUUAAAGGAAUUGGAUAAGGAACUUAUUUCUGGGGUCAUUGCUGUCAAAAUGCAGGGCUCCAAGCGCAUCCUGCGGUCUCACGAGAUUGUGUUGCCCCCGAGUGGACAUGUGGAGACAGAGCUCGCACUGACCUUCUCCCUGCAGUACCCUCACUUCUUGAAGAGAGAAGGCAACAAGCUUCAGAUCAUGCUGCAGCGGCGGAAGCGAUACAAGAACCGAACCAUUUUAGGCUACAAGACUCUGGCAGUGGGGUCUAUCAACAUGGCUGAGGUCAUGCAGCACCCGACAGAAGGUGGCCAGGUUCUGAGCCUUUUCAGCAACAUCAAAGAGGCUGCAGUGAAGGUAGCAGAAAUCUGGAUCUUUUCCUUGUCAAGUCAGCCAAUCGACCAUGAAGACAGCACUAUGCAGGCCAGCCAGAAAAUCAAGUCUACAGACAACUAUUCCGAGGAAGAGUACGAGAGCUUCUCUUCUGAGCAGGAGGCCAGUGAUGAUGCCGUACAGGGCCAGGAUUUGGAUGAUGAUGAGUACGAGCUGGGGAAGCCCAAGAAGCAGCGGAGAUCGAUAGUAAGAACGACGUCCAUAACCAGGCAACAAAACUUCAAACAGAAGGUUGUGGCAUUGCUGAAGAGGUUUAAAGUGUCUGACGAGGUCCUGGAUUCAGAGCAGGACCCAGCAGAGCACGUUCCAGAGGUGGAGGAGGACUUGGACCUUCUGUAUGACACGCUGGAUAUAGAGAACCCCAGUGACAGCGGGCCAGAAAUGGAGGAUGAUGACAGUGUCUUGAGCACUCCAAAGCCAAAGUUAAAACCUUAUUUUGAAGGACUGUCACACUCCAGCUCUCAGACAGAAAUUGGUAGCAUCCACAGCAUCAGGAGCCAGAGAGAGCCAUCAAGUCCUGUGGAAGUGCCUGAAAAGACAAAGAGUCUUGGAACCAAACAUGCGAGCGACAAUAUUUCUGACACUGUCUCUUAUGAGUCUAACCAGCAAGCUGAGGUCCAGGAAGCUGAACUUUCCACAUCUGAUGUGUUUGUUGAGAAGCUCCCACCCAGUGGGAAGAUCACUAAGACUGAAUCCCUCAUUAUCCCAUCCACCAGGUCUGAAGGGAAGCAGACGGGACGUCGGGGAAGGAGCACGUCUCUGAAGGAGAGGCAGCCCGUGAGGCCACAGAACGAGAGAGCCAACAGUCUGGACAACGAACGCUCUCCAGACACCAGGCACCACUUACAGAUCCCCAGGAAAACGGUAUAUGACCAACUAAAUCACAUCCUGGUUUCUGAUGACCAGCUGCCAGAAAACAUAAUUCUUGUCAAUACUUCUGAUUGGCAAGGCCAGUACCUCUCAGAUGUCUUGCAAAAGCAUACCUUGCCAGUGGUCUGCACGUGCUCCUCAGCUGAUAUUCAGGCAGCUUUCAGCACUAUUGUCUCCAGGAUACAGAGAUACUGUAACUGCAAUUCACAACCUCCAAACCCAAUUAAAAUUGCAGUGGCUGGAGCCCAGAAUUACCUCAGUGCCGUAUUGAGACUCUUCGUGGAGCAGCUGUCUCACAAAACCCCAGACUGGCUUGGCUACAUGAGGUUUUUGAUCAUCCCUCUAGGUUCUCAUCCAGUGGCCAAGUAUCUGGGGUCUGUAGAUUAUAGAUACAACAACUUCUUCCAAGAUUUAGCCUGGAGAGAUCUGUUCAACAAACUUGAAGCACAGACCACUGUUCCAGAAGCACCUGAUGUUGUCUCCCGGAUAACACAGUAUAUAGCAGGGGCAAACUGUGCACACCAGUUGCCCAUUGCUGAAGCAAUGUUGACGUACAAGCAGAAAAGGAAAAAGAGCUUUCAUUUUGAUUUUACUCUAAGCCCUGAUGAAGAAUCUUCACAGAAGUUCAUUCCCUUUGUUGGGGUGGUGAAGGUUGGAAUAGUGGAACAAUCUUCUGCAACAUCAGGUGACUCUGAUGAUGCGGCUCCCUCAAGCUCCACUAUCCUUUCUUCCACCCCACCUUCCGUGUCUCCUGCUGUGAAAGAAGCCUCCCCCACACCUCCUUCCUCACCAUCUGUUACAGGCACCUUCUCAUCCUCAAGCCAGAGCCAAGGUGCUGAGUUGAUGGGCCUGCAGGUGGAUUACUGGAUUGCAGCACCACCCAUAGACAGAAAGAGAGACCCGGAGAAGAAGGACCCUUCCACUACCAAAAACACACUGAAAUGCACUUUCCGGUCCCUCCAGGUCAGCAGGUUACCUGCCAGCGGUGAGAUUGCCACCACUCCAACCAUGUCCAUGACAGUUGUGACAAAAGAGAAGAACAAGAAAGUGAUGUUUUUGCCCAAGAAAACAAAAGACAAGGAGAUUGAGUCAAAGAGCCAGUGUAUCGAAGGAAUCAGCAGGUUGAUUUGCACAGCAAAACAUCAGCAGAACAUGCUGCGGGUCCUGAUCGAUGGGGUUGAGUGGAACGACGUCAAGUUCUUUCAGCUGGCAGCACAGUGGUCCUCUCAUGUCAAGCACUUUCCCAUCUGCAUAUUUGGACACUCCAAAUCUAACUUCUAGUCGCACUCGAAGGAGGGACCUUCUGUCCAUCCCAGGGACUGCACACCAGGAGCCAGGAAUUGCGUGCCAACUCCGACUUGCGUCGCUCUGCCCUCUCCUGCAGAAUUAAUUACAGAUGUGCUUGGAGUACUUUUUGAAUUACUUUUUUCUAUUAACUCUUACGUUUACUACAAGGGAAGGAAACCUCUUUAAACAAAGGCAAAAAAACACAACAGUCUUAAAUGUAGAUGUGCUGACAACAUGAAGUCGUGGGGGAGUUGGCAGGAGCAGGCAACCUGCCCAAGAACACCUACCACUUACGAGCAGAUAGCUGAAUAACUGCACUGCUUAUUAACCUGAGACCUCAUUGGUGUGAGUGGGCUGGGGGAGCUGUGAAUCAGCUCUCAUGGAUUUUGCAGAAGAUCAUGCACACUGCGGUGCAUUUGACGCCCUCCCUCUGUAUUUCUAGGAAAAAAAAGAUGGUCAGUUUUUCUUCCUGCUUCCAAAGGAUGAGAGAUCAGCGAGCCUGGAGGGAGUUUAGCUGUCCAGUUUGGAAAAGAAACCACUUGUGUAGCUAGGGAGGUCCAGAGAAGAGAUCCCUUUCAGAGCAUGGAGUCUGCAGUGGGGACAGGCAGGUGUUUGUGCUGAAGCAAAGCCUGAGGAGGGUUGGGCAGGAACAGGAAUUAGGGAAACACUAGGUGUAAGGAAACUUCAGUGUCCCAGGUCUGUGACAAUGACCAAGCUGAGCCAGUCACAAUGUCCCUGCAGCUGGCUGUGCUGUUGGGAGACACCACAUCAGUGGGGUCGCUGCUAUUUACAUACUCACACCAAUUAUUUACCUGUCAAUAAAACCUCGUCCAGCCUCUAAAGGGAAAGGAUUUUUUUUAACAGCUGCAGAUUUUUUUAAUGCUUUCUAAAAAAAAAAAAAAAAGAAAACAAAACAAAAAAUAAAGGUGGGCAGGAGCAGAAAUUAAGUUGCCAAAAAAACAAACCCAGGAAGAUGAGCUGUUGUCUGUGAAGUGAUGCAUCACAGGAGUGGCUGGACUGGGAGUCAGCCAGGCACUCUGCAUGUCCAGCUGCCUUCCCGUCCAUCUGUCAAAUGAACUGCACAUGUGAGGUAGCAUGGGUUGCUUUCUCUAUUGCCUUGGUCCUGCCCUGACUGCACUGUGCUCCCCAGAGCUAUGGCCAUCUCCCUUCUGUAUCUCCCCAGGCUGGGUGCAGGCCACCUGGCUUUGGGGCUGCUGCAAGAGUGCGUUUUCACCAUGCCCUUGAACCACCCAGGACCUCUCCUCAUAGAGACUUGAGAAAUGGUAAUGAGAAUGAAGGAUGCUUGGAGGUAGGCAGCCUCCGACCAGUUGCUCUGUAGAUGCAUGUUGUCCUUCUGCUUUCUGAGUAUUCCUGCCCACAGGCAUUUCUCUGUGGAUUGCAUCCCUUCUCUAGCAGGAUGUGCUUCUGCCCUGGCGCAGCAUUGCAUCUGGGUUGAAGCUUUGCUAGGGGUUUCAGUCCCAAGGUGCAGUGGAAGCUGUAGCUGGGAUGUGAGAGAGAAUGAAGCCAGCUGGGUUCUCUGUCCACCUCAGCAAGACUUCCUGUGAGAUGGAGUGGGACUUUUUAGUGGCACUGUUGGCUUGGCUCUGGCUGCACUUGUGUUCACUUUGUAAACCUCACUGCUGCCAGGUGUCAGGAUGAGUGGAUGUUCUUAUAAGGAGAGAGCAUGAUAAGCUGCAGAUGUGUUAUUUUGCUCUCCAGGCUUCCCAAGGUGUACCUGGAGGGACUUGGAGCAGGUGGUGCAUGGGGCUGAGGGACCUGAGUGUGCUUUCUUUGUGGAAGAACAGACAUCUCUGGCAUUUUAGGGUAGGGAACUGAACUUUCUGAUGGUGUCCUUUUGGGUCCCACCCUUGUGGGCAGGCCAAGCUUUGUAAGCAUUUCCAGAAGACACUUCCUGAGGGCAGUAAUGUUUUUGAAACUUUUUUUUUACCUCUGUCUGAUCCCUUACCCUUGGGUUUUUAAAGGCUUGGAGAUUCUGCUUUGCCUUGCUUGGCAGGUCCUGCUCUGUGCAUGUCCUGCGUGGGUUGUUUUGGGCAGGGCAGCAGUGGUGUGCUCUGUUAAGCUUUCUCCUGCUGACAGGCAGCGAGGGGUUAUUAGGUGAGAGCGUGGUCCCUGCUGGAUUCAGUGCCUGUUGCAGCUCAUGGCACGGGCUGCUGCACCAACUCUGUUUUCAUGAAACUCUUUCCCAGCACAAGCACAACCUACUUGGCCAGGAACUGGGUAUUCCCUUCAAACCAUGCAGGUGAGGAGGCUGUGGUCCCAUGCCUGGUGGCACACUGCUGGGCAGGCUAUAUUGUCUGGUUGCAAUACUUGGUUUCUUUCCACCAUCCUGUGGGCAGGCCUGCCUGCUGUCUGCCAACUCUUGGCUGUGGCAGAAGCUCAGCUCUAGUUUGAAUGUCAGUGUCCAUCAGUUCAUGCAUUUUUGGUUCACCUGAGCUUGAUGCUCUGGGACUGUGUAGUGUUGCCUAGCAGCAGUAGCAUGGGAGAUGGUGGAUAAGCACAUCACUUAUUUUUCUUUGUUGAGGCUGUUGCAUGAAAAAAAGCGCUUUUUAAAGGAAAUUAGUCAGUGUGGGUUUUCUUCCUCAAGUCUCACACUGGUGUGACAAAGAGUGGUGGGGCUGGGUGCCAGCGCCAGGAGCUGCACGCAGCCUGGGCAGCCCUUGGUGCUGGAGCUUGUUAGUCAUCCACAGGUGAGGUGGUCUGACUGCAAUAACUUUGUUUACUGAGGGGUGAAGGGGGAACCAUCACUGUGCUCCUCUUUGUAUUUCAACCUACUGUAAAGAAACAAAUGGUAGCUAGGACAGGACUUUCAGGGUCCUGCCUAUCAAAUGUGUGUUGCCCUGCUCUACUGUGUGUGUGGGUGUAUGUGUGUGUGUUUGUGUGAGACAGAAACACUUCUGCUCCUCGUUUCAUGUUGGUUUGUGUUUUGUUCUGACGUUAUACAAGCAAAUUCACCAGAAAACUUUGUGUGCCUGAGGGCUUGUGUCUCCGCAGGGUUUCUCCCCUGUGGAAAGCUGCUGUUUCUGUGAAAUGCCCCUUCCAUGCAAGGAAACAUCCUGGCUUCUCAGCCUUGUCCUCCAGGAGCCUGGCAGCAUCAGGCUGGGCCUGCCUGCAGGCAGCUGUGUGCCCAGGGGGUGGCUGUGGUGUUUCCCAGCCGUGGAGGCAAGGGCUGGCAUGCAAGCUUGGUGCUGCUGCUUCCGUCAGUGUUGUGCCUCUGUUGUUUCUCUUGUACCGCGUGGAGUCACUUUGUGCGGCUGUUUCUGUCCCUGACUGGAGGAGAAAGCCAUUUCUGCCUCUAAGGUAAAUGAGUGUCUAAGUACACACGUGGCUCAGGCUAUUUUUGGAAGGUUUUUUGCACCUGGUGACAUGUGUGAGUGAUGGAUUUUGGGUCUCCCAACUUCCCAACAGUUUCCCAGUGGACUGUGCUGUAAGCAAGGCCCACUAGCCGGAGGGAUCCCUGCCCAGGAGAGCUGCUGGGGCAGCGAUGGGCCUGUGCCCAUGGAGCUGCACCAGCCUGGCAGGGUGUGGUGAUGGUGUGCAAGUUGGUGAAUACCAAAGGAUGGCUUAGAUCAGAGACAGCACAGCUCUGCUUUCAGCUCUCCAGGGUUUUGGUGAGGAAGGUGCAAUUCAAGCAAGGAAAUGGUGGCAUUAUCUCACCUGCCCAUGUUGGAUGGGGCUUGCUGUGGAGCCACAUGUCUGACAGCAAAGGCAGGGGCAGGAGCUGGCAGCAUCUGAGCUGAUCCCUGGCAGGGAGGUGCUUUGAAGGUGGUGUCCCCCAGGCUCCCUGUCCUAUUGUGUCCUACAGCUCCCCCCUGCUCCCCGCAGAGCUCACAUCUCCCUUUCCCCUGGCUGUGGCAUCUCAAGAUGGCUCAUUUCUUUUCCAGCUGCUUUUGGGUGAAGGGCCCCUGCUUGUCUCAGAGGUGAGGUCUUAUGAAAGGGCUCAUUGCUCUGCUGGGCUCUGCCAUGCUGACCUAGUUUAACAGCACUGGUGAGCUGAUGAAAGAUGGAAGGUUUUUGUGGUGUCGUGUUGCACCUUGAGUGCUUCCUGGUCCUGUGGGUUGAGUUUCCCGGAGACAAAGACUAGAGACAAAGGCUGGAUCUCGGCCCUGCCAGAGCUCCAUCAGGGUUGGCUCUCCUGCAGUGCUAGUGACUUUGUGGGCAUUUUGGGUGGCUGUUUCAGCUCAGGGCUGCAGUUUCCAUCCGGUUCAAUUGUUGCUGUUUACAUUUCAGCAGGAACUGCGGAGUCCUCCUUAAUUACACAGGAGUUUGGGGAGAGCUGCUGUCUCUGUGGCUGUUUUGCUGCUUUAAUUAGCAUGUGCUUGUUGCUUUAUCCUGCAGACAAGGCAGGGGUAGCAGCUGGGUGAUGUCUGGGGUUGGAGGAGAUGUUCCUGUUGGCUUUCUAUCAUCAGACCCUACUGAGAACCACGCUGCCCUGUACUUAACCUGCAGUUUUAGCUAAGACCCCAUCCCAUUUCUCACCAUCAGCAUGUGCUGGUGGGAGCACUGAAGUGCUGGUACAGAGGGCAUUACACCUGAUGCCUCCAAGCUUAAGAAGAAAAUCCUGAAGAGGGGCAGCAGGACUGCUGGCUGCCUUCUCCUGCUUGGUGUGCAGGGGCAUUGGGAAAGCUGGGAUUAAGGCUUUCCCUCCAUGCAGUGGUACAGGGCUGGGAUCCCUGGAGCUUUUUUGAAGCUAGACUGGAUGUAAUGCCUCUGUCCUCUUUGUUCAGAGUGUCUCAACCUUGGCAGAUAGCUGUGUGGUGACAUUUUAGUGUGAUGGACUGACUUAUCUGGCAAGGUGAAGGCCAGAAAGAAGCAGUAGCAGCUCCCUGAGGUUUCCUAGAGUUUCUUCAGUGGGGUUCUCAUGGAAGAUGCUUCCAGCGGGGCCAGCUCCUUGCAGCUCCUUGGCUGCUUUUGGACAGACUGGAGAAGAGGACAUGCCAAUUUGGAAGGCAGCAGGUCAUUGGUUUCCUUAAGGAAGAGCACCAGUGUGGGGCCACAUCCAGUCAGCUGCUGCUUGGUGCCUUGGCUGGAGGGUUGCCAGAGCAUUGCCUGCCUGGUUAUGUACGUGCCGUGGCUGCGGGAAGUGCUGUGCUAGGGUGGGUACUGCAUGUGCCAGGGCUGCGUGCCACCAGCCUGGUCUGGACUGUGGUGUAUGAGGGGACAUUACCACUUUGUAGAUUCCUGAGUUGUCCAUCUGUUUCAUUGUUGUAUUGUUUGGGUUCUAGUUUUUUUGGGGUUUUUUUAUGAAGACAGAUUAAAUGUAAAUAGCAUUUUUUUUGGAACAAACUGCAACAUGCUCGACCUCGUCAACUAUUUUAUGGUACUAAUGCAACACUAAUAAAACUGGACAUGAAAGCA